UCUCUCUCUCUCACUCUCUCAAAGUCAGCACCACUCAGGCACUCACCACCAACUCAUUUCUCUUCAGAGACGGAAAUUCAUCAAAUUCUUUUCCCAAUUAAUAAAAAAUUAAAUUUUUAGACAAAAUUAGCGAAAAUAGCUUUCUUGCUCCUCACCACCCUCUAUUACCUCUUCCUCGCUCUCACCCUCGGUGCGUGCUUUAUCAUCGUCUCAACCGCCUCUACUGCUUCUUCUUCACUUCCCCCAAUGGCCACCAUGGAGGGCUUGAUAGGCCUCGUCAAUCGGAUUCAGAGGGCCUGUACGGUCCUCGGCGACCACGGCGGCGCCGACUCUGCAUUGCCUACUCUCUGGGAGUCUCUUCCUCUUGUCGUCGUCGUCGGCGGCCAGAGUUCUGGAAAGUCGUCGGUGUUAGAGAGCAUCGUGGGGCGUGAUUUUCUUCCGAGAGGAUCUGGAAUUGUGACCAGAAGGCCAUUGGUCUUGCAGCUGCACAAGACAGAACAGGGAAUGCAGGAGUACGCCGAGUUCCUCCACUUGGAAAAGAAAAGAUUCACUGAUUUUUCUGCUGUUCGAAGAGAAAUUCAGGAUGAAACUGACAGAAUUACUGGGAGAUCAAAACAGAUAUCUAAUGUUCCUAUUCAUCUCAGUAUCUACUCCCCAAAUGUUGUCAAUCUAACAUUGAUAGAUUUGCCUGGUUUAACCAAGGUUGCCGUAGAGGGACAGCCAGAGAGUAUUGUUCAAGACAUUGAAAACAUGGUUCAUUCUUAUGUUGAGAAGCCUAAUUGCAUCAUUCUGGCAAUAACUCCAGCCAAUCAGGACAUAGCAACAUCUGAUGCUAUCAGGAUUGCUAGACUAGUUGAUCCUACAGGUGAGAGGACAUUAGGUGUGUUGACAAAGCUUGAUUUAAUGGACAAGGGAACAAAUGCUUUGGAUGUUCUCGAAGGAAGGUCUUAUCGGCUUCAACACCCUUGGGUCGGAAUUGUGAACCGUUCACAAGUUGAUAUUAACAAAAAUGUGGAUAUGAUUGCUGCCAGGCGGAGGGAGCGCGAAUUUUUUAAUUCCAGUCCAGAUUACGCACAUUUGGCAAGCAAAAUGGGUUCAGAAUAUCUUGCAAAACUUCUCUCAAAGCAUUUGGAGUCUGUAAUUAAAGCUCGCAUUCCAGGAAUAGCAUCUUUGAUCAAUAAAAGCAUCGGAGAACUUGAAGCGGAGUUGGAUUAUCUUGGUAGACCUGUUGCUAUUGAUGCGGGGGCACAGUUAUAUACUAUCCUAGAGUUAUGCCGGGCAUUUGACCGGACAUUCAAGGAGCAUUUGGAUGGAGGACGACCUGGUGGAGAUCGGAUAUAUGCUGUAUUUAAUCACCAGCUCCCUGUUGCUUUGAGGAAGCUCCCUUUUGACCGUCAUCUUUCAGUUGAAAAUGUAAGGAAAGUCGUUUCAGAGGCAGAUGGGUACCAACCUCAUCUAAUUGCACCUGAGCAAGGUUAUCGGCGCCUCAUUGACAGUGCACUUAACUAUUUCAGGGGUCCAUCUGAAGCAUCAGUAGAUGCGGUUCACUUUAUUUUGAAGGAAAUUGUGAGAAGGUCAAUUGGAGAAACUCAGGAGCUGAAGCGCUUUCCAACUCUUCAAGCCGAAUUGGCAGCAGCUGCUAGUGAAGCAUUGGAGAGGUUUCGUGAAGACAGCAAGAAGACAACUUUGCGAUUGGUGGACAUGGAAUCCUCGUAUCUGACAGUGGAUUUCUUCCGGAAUCUCCCUCAAGAAGUGGAUAAUGGAAAUCCGUAUGCCGCUCCUGAAGUUCGAUAUGCUGAGGGGCACUUCAACAGGAUAGGAUCCAAUGUUUCCUUGUAUGUUAAGAUGGUCUCGGAGACACUGAGAAAUACUAUCCCGAAGGCUGUCGUUCAUUGUCAAGUGAGGGAGGCUAAGAGGUCUUUGCUUGAUCACUUCUAUAUCCGAUUGGGCAAAAUGGAGGGAAGGCAACUUGCACAAUUGCUGGGUGAAAAUCCUGAAGUGAUGGAAAGGAGGCAACAAUGUGGCAAGAGGCUUGAAUUGUACAAGUCUGCAAGGGAUGAGAUCGACUCGGUCUCAUGGUCCAGAUGAAUCAUGAAACUGACCCUCAAUGCAUCUUUUUUGUGUGUAUUUUAGGAUAAAUAACCGUGAAUGCAUGUCAAGUAUAGUCGUUUCGGGUGGAGUUUAAAUCAUUUCAGUUAAAAGACAUUUCCUUAGAAUCA